AUGACAGCAAGACUUCUAGGAACACUGCUGACUGUGCUGUUCCUUGGUCUCUUUGGGAUCCUGGAGGCAACAAAAAUAUCAUGCAGAAAUGAAGACGGUGAAGCUGUGGAUUGGUUUACCUUUUAUAAGUUGCCCAAAAGGCAAGAUGAGGAAAGCAGAGAGACUGGGUUAGAGUACCUGUACCUUGACUCUACAACCAGAAGCUGGAGUCGGAGUAAGCAACUCAUGAAUGCCACCAAGAGUGUUCUGGGAAGGACAUUACAACAACUGUAUGAAGCAUCUGCCUCCAAGAAUAACAGCACAGCCUAUCUAAUAUACAAUGAUGGAGUCCCUAAAUCCGUGAAUUACAGCAGAAAGUAUGGACACAGCAAAGUUCCUGAAGAAGGCUAUGAUUAUCCACCCACAGGGAGACGAAAUGGACAAGCUGGCAUCUGCAUAACUUUCAAGUACAACCAGUAUGAAGCAAUAGACUCUCAGCUCUUGGUCUACAACCCAAAUAUUUACAGCUGCUCCAUCCCUGUAACCUUUCACAUGGAACUCAUCCACAUGCCCCAGCUGUGUGCUGGAUCCAGCUCCUCAGAGAUCCCAGGCCGGCACCUGACCACACUUCAGUCAGCCCAGGGACAAAAAUUCCUCCAUUUUGCAAAGUCUGAUUCUUUUCUUGACGACAUCUUUGCAGCCUGGAUGGCUCAACAGUUGAAGACACACUUGCUAACAGAAACCUGGCAACGAAAGAGACAAGAGCUUCCUUCAAACUGCUCCCUUCCUCACCAUGUCUACAAUAUCAAAGCAAUUAAGAUAUCUAGACACUCUUAUUUCAGCUCUUAUCAGGAUCAUGCCAAAUGGUGUAUUUCCCACAAGGGCACCAAAAAUCGCUGGACAUGUAUUGGAGACCUAAAUCGGAGUCCAUACCAAGCCUUCAGAAGUGGUGGAUUCAUCUGUACCCAGAAUCAGCACAUUUACCAAGCAUUUCAAGGAUUAGUUUUAUAUUAUGAGAACUGUAGCUAAACUUGGUGAAAGGACAUAUGUGCUAUCAUUUUCAACACUGAUAA